GCCCGCUACUUGUUUCGAGAGAUGUGGCUUUGGACCGAGCGGGAUCUUACCCUCUACGCCGUGGUUUCGCUCUUCUUGGUCGAGGUGUAUGUUGUGCUCAUCUCGCCCGGCCAGAGGCAAGGCAAGCAGGUUGUCGUCACAGGAGUCAUGUGGACGAAGUCCCUUGUCUGGGCAUUUCUCCUGUUGGUGCUUUCAAUUGUGGGAAUGGUGGGAACGAACCUGGUCUGGGCUGUGGGCAGCAUCCGUCCGAGCAUCCCGCAAAAGGUCGCCCUCAUGAUUUGUCAAUCACUGGCCAACCAGGGUUCAAUUUUCCGGUGGAGUCGCGAUCAGCGAUGUCAUUUGAAGAACAAAGGUACGGAUGCUGACCCUUUCGACCCACAGCGCGGGCUGGCGUAUCGCUACAUAGGAUGGUCUCUCAUGCACAAAACUCCGAAGAUGAUUGAGGCAACCCGCUCUGUGGACGUCCACGACCUCCUCUUGGACCAGGUCGUCAUGUUUCAAGCUGAUGUGGAUGCAUGGUGGAACUUGUCUUUCUCCCAUGCCAUCCCCGCCUUCGCCACCCUUCUUUGGGGAGAGGAGCUUUUCUUGGGAUGGGUCAUCGCUGGCUGUGCGAGGUCGGUGCUCGCGCUGCACAUCAACCUUAUCCUCUUGUGCUUCCAGCACCUCUGGUGCCCGCAGAAGGUGAUGGUGUCAGCCGCAGAUGCUGAAGAGGAGGAGGCCGGCGACAGAGCGGUCACAGCAUUGCAGUUGUCGUCGUGGCUGUGCCGACUUGAUGGCGAGGAAGACUUUUACGCGCCAGGCAAGGCGACUUCAGACGCACCUGCUUGGGUGCUUGUGGAGCGCUUCCGGAGGUCUCCGAGCAGACCCGCCGGAAGGGCACUGAGCAUCAGCCAGCACUUCUGCGUUCGGUCGGAGCCCUUCAACGGAUCCCCGAUUGCCUCUAUCGCUGAUGUCGGCCUGGCCAUGGAGCAGGACACUAAUUUUAAAAUGCCUAGUUUUCUGCUUGUUCAUAGUACUAGCUUCUGGACCCUUCUGAGAUCCGCGCCUUUGCAGGUUCACGAGUCCAGCACCGGGGCAGACCCAUCGGUGGAGGUCAAGCUGGAGCCCCUCUGGCGCCGCAGCACCCUUGUCGAUCUUGCGAAGGAUGCUGUUGCCGACAUCCUCCAGGUGCAAGCAACCGCUGUGAAGCCGGAUCGUCCACUCAUGGACCUGGGCUUCGAUUCCGCGGGCUUGGAGUUUGCUCGAGACAUGCUUUUUGCUCGCCUCGGGGUCUUCUUCUGGCGCCUGAAGAUUGAGCUGCCUCCCACACUUCUUUUUGACCAUCCUACCAUCAACGUGGACAUGGUGGACAAUGGUAUCGCACUGCUGUCCAAGAGGCCGAUGACUCCCGCGCACGCUGAUGGCGUUAUAGUUUCCACUUCUUGCCAAUUCCCUGGUGGCGCCAGCAGUUUGAAGCUCUACUGGGACAUGUUGGCAGACAAAAAGGAUGCGGUGAUUGAAGUCCCUCUUUCACGCUGGGACCAUGAACUCUACUAUUCACAGGAGCCGCAGGAAGGAAAGACAUACGCCCGCCAUGGUGGCUUCGUUGAGGGUACAGACCUCUUCGACGUGACUUACUUCGGACUGGGCAGUGCUGAGGCCAGGACCACGGAUCCACAGCAGAGGAUGCUGCUAGGAGCAGCCUACGACGCGCUGCGAGGUGAUGGCUACGACAAGGCGCUGCUGCAGAACAAUCCUUUGGGCGUCUUCACGGCUCUCAGCAACAUGGAAUGGUUUCAUUUGGCGGUGUCGAAACCUGGAGUCUAUACAGGGCCUGGUGUGUCCAGUGCAAUUGCGGCGAACCGGAUCAGCUAUGUGUUUGGCCUCAAGGGACCCAGUAUGACGGCCUCGGCCUCAUUGCAUUUUGAGGUGACCAGGGAUUCUCAACGCACUGUCAAGCCGGAUCAGCAUGUGUCACUGACUGAGAUCGAUACGGCAUGCUCUUCAUCGCUGUCUGCUCUGCACGCAGCACUGCGGUCUCUCGAGGUCAGUGCUAUGUUUAAAGAAAGGUUGGCGACACAAGGAAAGGUAGUCGGGAGACUGUGCGGGACACCGCAGAGCUAUGCAUUCACGUAG